AUGUUUGAUCGUUUUACAAGUUUGUUAAGCUUGAUAAUCUUCUUCUUGACCAAUUCGGAAGCUUGCAUGAGAAGUCCAGCAUCUGGUAAAAUCUAUGAUUUUACGGUCACUGAUAUUGACGGUAAUGAAGUUCAACUGAAAAAGUACCUAAAUAAAGAACCCGGAACUGAUCAAGAAAUAAAACAGCGCGUGUUAGCAAAGUAUAAUGUAACAUUCGAUUUGUUCCACAAAAUUGAUGUUAAUGGUGAAAAUGCUAUUCCGUUGUACAAGUUUCUGAAACAGUCAAUAUCGUCUUGGUUUUCCAGAGAUAUUGAAUGGAAUUUUGUGAAAUUUCUAGUUGACAGAAACGGUACUCCUGUAUCUCGUUACAUUUCGAUAACUCCCCCUAAUAGUAUGGAAGCUGAAAUUCGAAAGUUACUUGGUCUUUCUAAUGAAUUAUAA